GAGGCGUCGCGGCGCCAGAGUGCGCACAGACGGCAGCCCUAACCUGUACCCCGACAACAAGAACAAGGACGCCACAGUGUUGGAGCCCCGACGGUCCCGCCACACUCCCCGCGGAGUGGCUGCGGACCCUUCGCCCGUUCCCCGGUGCCGAGGACGCCGUCCAGGAUGGCGCCGACCGCCGUCGCCCCUCUGUCUGGCGCCUGGACUGGCCGCAGUGCUUGUAGUUGGCCGCGCACUCCCUGCCCGCUGUGACAUGACGGCUGUGGCAGCGCGCGCUGAGGACGCGAACGAGUGCCGUGGACCGUUCGGACGGGCAUGGUGCACAGUGAAGUGAGCACGGGGAUGGUCCGGGACCCCCUCGGCAUCCCCAAGUCUCCGAGCUUCCACAGCGGCUUGGAUCUAGCCUCCAACCUGGCCUCGGCCGAGUCAGUGUCUGCAGCCAUGGCCAACGGGCGGGGUGGUGUGGCUGGUGUUGUCGGGGGCGGGGCCGCGCCGGCCAACCCGCCCCCCUUGCGUGACAGUAGCAGGGAGGCAGGGGCAGCCCUCCAGGAUGACGCCCUCCAGGGCCUCGGCCCCAACGGCCUGAGCGGCCCGAACGCGAAGGCAGCCAGCACUGCGGGCAGGCAGCUGUCCCUCUUGCUGGAGGCACCCCCUAAUGAGCAGGAAGAACUAUUUGUCCAGAAGAUUCGACAAUGUUGUGUUCUCUUUGAUUUUGCAUCUGAACCUCUAUCUGAUCUAAAAUGCAAAGAGGUAAAGCGAGCUGCUCUGAGCGAGAUGGUGGACUACGUCACAACACAGAAAAAUGUCAUCACACCCGCUAUAUACCCAGAAGUUGUGAAUAUGUUUGCUGUAAACCUCUUCCGAACUCUGCCUCCAUCGCAAAAUCCUAGUGGAGCAGAGUUUGACCCUGAAGAGGAUGAACCUACGCUGGAAGCUGCCUGGCCUCAUCUGCAAUAUGUAUAUGAAUUCUUUCUCAGAUUUUUGGAAUCUCCUGAUUUCCAACCAAAUCAUGCAAAACCAUACAUUGAUCAAAAGUUUGUCUUGCAAUUAUUGGAAUUGUUUGACUCUGAAGAUCCAAGGGAGAGAGACUUCUUGAAGACUACACUCCAUAGAAUAUAUGGAAAGUUCCUGGGUUUGCGCGCAUACAUUCGUAAACAAAUCAACAACAUCUUUUACCGGUUCAUUUAUGAAACUGAACGUCACAAUGGAAUAGGGGAGCUCUUGGAAAUCUUGGGAAGCAUCAUCAAUGGCUUUGCACUUCCUCUCAAAGAGGAACACAAAGUUUUCCUGCUGAAAGUACUUCUGCCUCUGCACAAAGCAAAACAACUGUCUGCCUACCAUGCACAGUUGGCUUAUUGCAUAGUUCAGUUCUUAGAAAAAGAUGCCAGUCUAACAGAGCCAGUUAUUAAAUCUCUUCUCAAAUUUUGGCCAAAGACACAUGCUCCUAAAGAGGUGAUGUUUUUAAAUGAGCUAGAAGAGAUUCUGGAUGUUAUUGAGCCUGGAGAAUUCCAGAAAAUUAUGGAUCCAUUAUUCAGACAGCUUGCCAAAUGUGUAUCAAGUCCUCAUUUUCAGGUUGCUGAAAGAGCAUUGUAUUAUUGGAACAACGAAUAUAUCAUGUCACUUGUUGGAGACAAUGCUUCUGAGAUCCUUCCUAUCAUGUUCCCUGCUCUUUACCGCAAUUCCAAAUCUCACUGGAACAAGACCAUCCAUGGACUCAUUUACAACGCAUUAAAAUUAUUCAUGGAAAUGAAUCAAAAGCUCGUUGACGAGUGUACUCAACAGUAUAAACAAGAACGCCAGAGGGAGAAAGAACGCAUGAAGGGACGAGAGGAAGCUUGGCAAAAGGUUGAAACACAGGCUAAACGCAACCAAGUGUACAUACGUGGAUAUGCUCCUGUAUUAUCGAGUAAUGUCAACUCAAAUGACAUUCUCUCUCCUGGAGCUGAUGGGGACAAUGAAAUUGAUUUAGAUUAUGUGAAAGAGAAUUCAGAAAGAGAAGUGAUCAAAAAUCGGAGUACCAAGCCUCUUCUACGGCGAAAGUCUGAGCUACCCCAUGACUCCUACACAGUUCGAGCUCUCAACGAUCACAAGAGAGCUGAUGAGUACCUCCCAACCCCGCCUGAUGUCAACAAAUGUUAGCAGAAGAGCAAACUGUGAAGCCUACCCUAAAGUGGUUUGAAUGUUUAUGUAACAUACUGCCUUUACCCUUGACUAAAGUAGUAAUAUUUCUGAAUUGUUAUAAAUUCCUGUUAAAAAAAAGUACAGGCUUUGUUCGUUCGUUAUCCUCCCAAUUGAGAGGUAGAUUGAUAUUUACAACUGUUUUAAUGUUCUGAGAGUUUGAGUUGGCUGAGGGUAGGGCCUGGGCAACUUGUCUAUGUGCCAUCCUGGAGACCUCUCGUGCUGUUGCUGGCAACAUGCAUUCUUUUAUGAGGCUGAACCUUCUGAUGCAUGCGGACUUCUGUUGUUCUUGUAUGUGAGAUAAGCACUCAUCAGUACCUCUUUUCCUUGUUGCAUCUUCACUUCGUAUGCGUCUUUUAAGUUUUAUUUGAUGCUUUUUCUCAUUUUGGGUACGAUUUUAGUGUCAGCAAUGAUCUAGCAACAGCGAUUGUCCGUACUAGUCCUCACAGCAGUUAUGUGUUACAACAUGUAUUAUGUAUAUUUUUGCUAUUGCAAUUGAUGUAAGUUGGAAAUGCUUUGAAGUUGAUAUUUCAAUUUUAAGACAAUACAAUCAUUCUGGAUCGAAAGGCAACAUGCUAGAUCCUUGACUUCAAUAAAAAAAUUGAUGUCAUCCUUUUUUUUCUUAAGUUGCAGAACUAGAGGUUUGUUAACAAAUCCUCUCUAGUUUCAAGAGAGAAAUGCUUUGUAUUCUCUAUGGGUUGAAAUAAAAAUAUUUGUAGAAUGUUUGAUACCUCAAGCCAUUUCCAAAGAGGCUGUGCCAAUUGGAUCUUCUUUAUGCUACAAAUUACUGGGUGACCAGGAUGUGCGCACCAUCCCUCCUGCCAUAAUAAAGGAGAUCUAGCAAUAGCUUGGCCAUUAUUUACAAUGAUCCACGAGGAUUUCUGAAUAAGAUUGACAGAGUUCUUCUCUCUGCAUCUAUGUUCAUGGCCAUUUUGCAUGAGAGUGGUGAAGAAUGUUAAGUACAUUCCUGUCAUAGUUUUUUUGUACUGAGUUACAAUGUUGCUUUCUUUCUAGAGUGUGUAUUUAAAGCUCAAUAUCCCUGCAUGUAAAUGUUUAAGAAUGCAUGGAGUUUUCCCAAAGAUGUGCUACCCACUGUGCACAACAUAUUGUUGUAGAGUAGCAAGCAGCACUGACUUUGAACCAUAUAGCUGUAUUGGGCCUGCUUAUUGUAUAAAAUAUUGAAUUAAAUGUGAUACGUAUCAUGCCUGCUGUGACGUUUGUUGAAUACAUGUUCUUUGAGCUCUUGUGUAUGCAUUUGGAUGGGAGGUGCUGGGUGCGUGCGUGCAUGCUUGGUUGAGGUGGGAGCAAACUGAAGGAUAAAGUGUCCGCUGUGAAAUAAUUGAUUUUUUAUUUAAAAAAUUUCUGGGGAAAGUGGAUGUGAAAAUUCUGUUAUAGUAGACUUCCCUCUAAAGUCUUAAGUUUCAUCCAUGCUUCUUGCAUCACAGGAGUGUUGUGUUGACUUCCUCUUGUGAAACUACCUUCAAAUUCUGAGAUCACUUUUUUGUCUUGUUUUGUGAGCAUGGUUGGUAUGAACAUUCCAGCAUUCUGUUGGAGCUCCAUAGGGUCCAUGUGACGUUCAUGUGGCGAAAAUAUUGAAUCAUUCUACGUUUUUUAAAUUGUCAUUGUGUACAAAGUAGUUGUUUUAGUAAAGUGCUGUUAUUGCUUCAGAGAUGUUUUUUUAAUCCCUUUUACUAAGAAAAUUUAUGUUCUCCUUCCUGUUCAAAUAUUCCAUCUCUGUACAAAAUAAUCAUCUCUGCCCAGAUGAAUCUGGUUAGAGGCUCAAGUCUCCUGUCACUUGAUUUCUAUUUUUUUAUUUACCAAAAAAAAUGUUUUCUGAAAGUAUACCAAUGUAUUUUUGUAGUUAGAUGAUAACUUUGGACAGUUGGUGUGAUUAUCUCUUGGGUCAAGUUUGGUGUGUUAGACCUCCCUCACCACCCACCCACUCUUAAUGCAUACGUAAUGUGAUGACACAAAUUUUUAAAAAAAUCUAUUGGGAACAGGGGAUAAAUUGUUUUCAUUCUCCCUAUUUUAUUUUUAUUCUGUCAGAAUUAUAUGUUGUAUGUUGGCAAUAUCUGUUGUGUACAGUCUAAAACUCAGUAUGCUGUGUUGUGUAUAAUUGGCCUUUGACGGUUUCUGUUCUGUUUUACUUCAUGUUGAAAGGACUUUUAACUCGCCUAAGUUAAAUUAUAAUAGUGGAUAGGAUAAGUAUACAGAAGUAGAAUUUCAAAUUUUACUGUGUAAAUGAACUAAAAUUCAUCAUGUAUAUAAUGCUAACCAUAAUAUAAACAUGAUAACUA